CGUAGACCACCCUACGGGAUCAAGAUAUCAAGAUGCUGUCACGAAUACACUACCUCGUAUGCCUGCUUUUCGCUGUCUGUGCUCUGGCGGCUAAGCCCCUCGGAAAACAGGUUUGCGGUGCUUCUUGCUAUUACACGUUAAGCAAGGCCAAAUUCGCCUCUGAUAACACGACAGAGCAAACACUUUGCACUCACCCGUUGCGUGUCACGUCAACGUAUUUAUGCAUCUGGGAACACUGUGAGGAACAGGAAAUAGCACCAGGUAUCGACUGGUGGGCUUCGACAUGCAAGAAGUCUUCUAAGGUGGUCAACCUCAAAUCAUACGAAAGCGCCACCGCCAAUGUCACGCAAGCAUACAUUAAUAGCCUUCCCACUGUGGAUCAAGGGCAGAAGGCCAUCGUUGAUGCUGUGUCGAUGCCCUCGGAGUCGAAUUGGAACCAGGUUCAUCGAAGUGUCCUCACUUACUGGACUAACAUCGUAUACCACCAGAAGUUGAGAUGGAUCCCUUAUGCCUACUGGGGAUUGGUGCUUUUCCUGGGCACAGUCAGUCACGCAAUUGCAUCGAUUCCAGUGAAACGCUCAAACCAGCCAGUCCGAAAGAACAACGCAGCAGCGAAAAUAAAAGGAUGGUUCCAUCGCAACCUUAUGAUGGCACCUACAUUCUCAUACCAUCACCAUCAGCCCUUGGGAUGGUUCAUCGUUCCGCUUCGGCUGCAAUCCAUGGUCAUCGCUGGUUAUAUCAUCACCCAAAUAUUCAUGCUAGCUUUUCAUUACCCUGUGUUCUCAAAUAAUUUUUACUACAAAACCAUCACAGGCCAAGUUUGCCGAAUUUUAGGAGAUAGACUUGGUAUCUUCAUGACGGCUGAGCUGCCAUUACUUUUCCUUUUUGCUGGACGAUCAAACAUCUUCAUUUACCUCACCGGAUGGAGUUAUAGGACAUUCAGUAUCUUUCAUCGCUGGAUAGCACUGAUCUUAACCUUGGAGGGUGUUAUUCACGGUAUCGUAUUUUCAGCUUACUAUGUCAAUGAACAGGGAUGGGAUGGCUACCACGAGGAGCUGUCUUCUGAUCCCACUUUCCUUUACGGACUUCUUAUGGUGAUUUCAUUGGGAAUUUCCGCAGCUUUUGCCAUUGGCCCUAUUCGCAACCGAAUCUACGAAUUUUUUAAAGCCACUCACAUUUCGCUGACGGCUGUCUUCAUUGCCGCAUUGUUUUAUCACAUCAAGGACCAAUUCAAAGGCAUGUACAAGGUCUGGGUUUGGGCUUGCGUUGGCCUAUGGGCAGGUGAUCAUGUCCUUCGUCUGCUGCGAGUUCUUGUCAUGAAUUAUAAGACGUUCCUCGGACAAGGCUCCUUAGCAAUGGCUAGUUACAGCGAAGAGACUGGCAUGAUUCGACUUCAGGUCAAGCCUUCUAUCAACAGCAGCCGCCAAACUCCGGGAACUUAUUAUUUCGUAUACUUUCCAGGAAUGCGCUUUUGGGAGACACACCCAUUCACUUUGGCUGGAAGGUCCAGGCAGAUUGAAGAUGUUUCAACAUACAACAGCAGCAGCGAUCAGCCAAGCGACAAGGAGAAGGGCACACAAUCUCCUCGCGUGACCGAGUUGAACUCGGAACAAGGCGAUACGCACAUGACCUUCAUGAUCCGCCCUCGGGAUGGAAUGACUCAAAGACUACGAGACAAACUAGUGAGCAAAGGUGAAUCCGGCCCGCUUCGUGUCAGGGUCUUCCUUGAGGGUCCAUAUGGUACUCCUGCGCGCCUCGACCAUUUCGACGAUAUUCUCUUCAUUGCCGGAGGCAGUGGAAUCACGACAGUGCUGCCGUACCUCCGUAUGUUCUUCGAAGACCAAGCAUCUCAAACACCUCCGAGUGUGCACCUAGCUUGGGCCGUGCGAGACGAGGGUUUCGUUCGAGACGUGCUUGCCAAUGACCUCAGAGCUACUGAGGGAUCUGCCUUGGCAGCAUCGAAACUUAGCAUGGAGUUCUACAUCACUUCGGGAGCUUCGGGAACUUCUACUCCUACACCAGUGUCAAAGGAAACAGGAAAUGCCAUUUCUGACACUAGGUUCAAGAGAAUGCGUCCUGAUAUUCACUCGAUGAUUGACAACUUUGUAAACCAAUCUCAAGGCCGAGCGGCCGUAUUUGUCUGCGGCCCGGCUGAGAUUGCUGACACAACACGGCAGGCCGUGAUUAGGCAGACAAGGAAAGUUCACGUUGACGUUGAGCUCUUUGAAGAGAUGUUUGUUUGGUAAAUGGAGACCGAAGCGGGACUGCGGUCAAUGGGCAAAUUGGGUUUAAUGAGGCGUAUCAAAAGAUUUGGCGGUGUACAUGGUGGGCUAUAUCAUAUGCAUUGAUUGGGAAGAAUAGAAACAGUAAUGGAAUUUCUAGCAGCCUCUCGGCGCAUAUACUUUUCAGGUGUACGUACUUUGUAGAUGUUCGUGGAAGAAGUGAACACAGGUAAGUAAAUACCAAGAGAGUGGAG